AUGGGCUGGUUCGCUAGGAUUGUCUGUCUUUUCUGGGGAGUAGUACUUACUGCGACAGCAAACUAUCAAAAUGGGAAGAACAAUGUGCCAAGGCUGAAAUUAUCCUACAAAGAAAUGUUGGAAUCCAACAAUGUGAUCACUUUCAAUGGCUUGGCCAACAGCUCCAGUUAUCAUACCUUCCUUUUGGAUGAGGAACGGAGUAGGCUGUAUGUUGGGGCAAAGGAUCACAUAUUUUCAUUCAACCUGGUUAAUAUCAAGGAUUUUCAAAAGAUUGUGUGGCCAGUAUCUUAUACCAGAAGGGAUGAAUGCAAGUGGGCUGGAAAAGAUAUCCUGAAAGAAUGUGCUAAUUUCAUCAAGGUGCUUAAGGCUUAUAAUCAGACUCAUUUGUACGCCUGUGGAACAGGGGCUUUUCAUCCAAUUUGCACCUACAUUGAAAUUGGACAUCAUCCUGAGGCUGGGAUAAUGAAACGUACAGGUUCAGGACCCACGCCAUUCACCCAAGUAAAGUAUGUGUAUGUGGUUUUAUUCUGUCACAACACAGAUGGAGAAUUAUAUUCUGGGACUGCAGCUGAUUUUAUGGGGCGAGAUUUUGCUAUCUUCAGAACUCUUGGACACCACCACCCAAUCCGAACGGAGCAGCAUGAUUCCAGGUGGCUCAACGAUCCAAGGUUCAUCAGCGCCCACCUCAUUCCAGAAAGUGACAACCCUGAAGAUGACAAAGUAUAUUUUUUCUUCCGUGAAAAUGCGAUAGAUGGAGAACACACUGGAAAAGCCACUCAUGCUAGAAUAGGUCAGAUAUGCAAGAAUGACUUUGGGGGUCACAGAAGUCUAGUGAAUAAGUGGACAACCUUCCUCAAAGCUCGACUUAUUUGCUCAGUGCCAGGUCCAAAUGGCAUUGACACUCAUUUUGAUGAAUUGCAGGAUGUAUUCCUUAUGAAUUCUAAAGAUCCUAAGAAUCCAAUUGUCUAUGGGGUGUUUACAACUUCCAGUAACAUCUUCAAGGGGUCAGCUGUGUGUAUGUAUAGCAUGAGUGAUGUGAGAAGGGUGUUUCUUGGUCCAUACGCUCACAGGGAUGGUCCCAACUAUCAGUGGGUACCUUACCAAGGAAGAGUACCCUACCCACGACCAGGAACUUGUCCCAGUAAAACAUUUGGUGGAUUUGACUCUACAAAAGACCUUCCUGAUGAUGUUAUAACAUUUGCAAGGAGUCAUCCAGCUAUGUACAAUCCAGUGUUUCCUAUUAAUAACCGCCCAAUAAUGAUCAAAACAGAUGUCAAUUAUCAAUUUACCCAAAUUGUGGUAGAUCGAGUGGAUGCAGAAGAUGGCCAGUAUGAUGUUAUGUUUAUUGGAACAGAUGUUGGAACCGUUCUUAAAGUAGUUUCAAUUCCUAAGGAGACUUGGCAUGAUUUAGAAGAAGUUCUGCUGGAAGAAAUGACAGUUUUUCGGGAACCAACUACUAUUUCAGCAAUGGAGCUUUCCACUAAGCAGCAACAACUCUAUAUUGGUUCCACCACGGGGGUGGCCCAGCUGCCUUUACACCGAUGCGACGUUUAUGGGAAAGCAUGUGCAGAGUGCUGUCUCGCCCGAGACCCUUACUGUGCCUGGGAUGGUUCUUCCUGCUCCCGCUAUUUUCCCACUGCAAAGAGGCGCACAAGACGACAAGAUAUAAGAAAUGGAGACCCGUUGACUCAUUGUUCAGACUUACAACACCAUGAUAAUCACCAUGGCCACAGCUUUGAAGAAAGAAUCAUCUAUGGAGUAGAAAAUAGUAGCACGUUCCUGGAAUGCAGUCCAAAAUCACAGCGAGCUCUGGUCUAUUGGCAAUUCCAGAGGAGAAAUGAAGAGCGAAAAGAAGAGGUCAGAGUGGAUGACCACAUCAUCAGGACAGAACAAGGCCUUCUACUGCGCAGUCUACAGCGGAAGGACUCAGGCACUUACCUCUGCCGGGCUGUGGAGCACGGGUUCAUGCAAACGCUUCUUAAAGUGACCCUGGAAGUCAUCGACACGGAGCAUUUGGAAGAGCUUCUUCAUAAAGAUGAUGAUGGAGACGGCUCUAAGACCAAAGAAAUGUCCAACAGCAUGACGCCUAGCCAGAAGGUCUGGUACAGAGACUUCAUGCAGCUCAUCAACCACCCCAACCUGAACACGAUGGAUGAGUUCUGUGAACAAGUGUGGAAAAGGGACCGAAAACAACGUCGGCAAAGGCCAGGACAUGCUCAAGGGAACAGUAACAAAUGGAAGCACUUGCAGGAAAAUAAGAAAGGUAGAAACAGGCGGACCCACGAAUUUGAGAGGGCACCCAGGAGUGUCUGAGCGGCAUUACCUCUAGAAACCUCAAACACAUAGAAACUUGCCUAGACAAUAACUGGAAAAAAUGCAAUAUACAUGAACUUUUUUCAUGGCAUUAUGUGGAUGUUUACAAUGGUGGGAAAUGCAACUGAGUUCCACCAAUUAUAAAUUAAGUCCAUGAGUAACUUUCCUAACAGGCUUUCCUCCUAAUACCAACACCGAACAGAGGUCAGAUGAACGCAGAUGUUCACUUUAGCAGACUUAAUGUUUCCUAUGAGAUUUCAUUGUACAGGUUUCGCUUUCUUCUUUGCCUGAGAAAUAAAAAUGUCAUUUGCCAUAUUGCCAUCUAAAGAAGAAAAACUGCAUCAGCAAAGCCAUUUUAUUGAACUAAAAGUUUAAAAUAAACUGCAUGGAUUUAUGAAGCUGAUGAAUAUUCCAAAAUAUAGUUGGAUUCAAGGAUAUUUUUUGUCUACCAGCACCGUGUUUAUAUGUACUGGAGGAGUAAAAUGAGACUGAAUGAAAUGGUCUGUGGAAAUAUAAAAAACAUAAACCACCCAUCAUCCAGAAGAAAAAUGGAAUACACUGAUCUACUACUGAUGUCUUCUUUCAGCUUUGAUCUAAAGAUGUAUUUUAUUAAAACUAUAAUUUAAAUGUACCAUGACAAAUAUGCAGUAAAAAUUAGCUCUUUUCUAAGCUAGAGUAGGUUUUUGUUUUAUAGUUACUGUGCUCUAUAGUUUUUGUUUUACAAAUUCCAGUUGUGUGCUGCUUCUUUUCCCCAACAUUGUGUUUUUAGUUCUGCAAGAGGGAUAGCCAAUAUUGCUCAAGAAACACAUAAACAUCAUUAACAGUUCAUUCCUAAAGCCUGGACAUAAAUUAUGCUUUAUUUCUCUGAGGAAUCCAAACAAAUAACACCCCCUUCUUUAAGCAUGAUCACAAUUUUAACUUGUAUAAUGUUCUUAGAAAAACCAGAAAAAAAGAGAAGAAACAAUUCAAUUUGUUCAGUGCAUUGUAUUGUACCUAAUGGAUCAAUAAGGAGAAAAGGAACUGCAUAUUUCACGAAAAUAAUAAGCAUUGUUUUAAUAUAGUGUUAACAAAAUCUCUUAAUUCUGUGCUUGAAAACCUGCAUGAUAUUUGAGACAUAAAAUCUCUCAUGAUUCCUUUAGGAAUUGCAUAUGAGUCACUUAAUCGGUAAUAUUCAGAACAACAUCAUCUUAAAAUCAAAUUUCCCAUCUCUGUUUACAUCUGUAUCAGCUGUCUCUUAUCUCACCUUGUUUAAAACAAUGGUCUGUUUUAAAACCAAUCGUUUUGAUUCAUUUCAUGUUUAUGGGAGCAACUUUUAUAAAACUGUUUUCCAGGACAUAUCUCAGACUUAAAACAUGCAAAGCCUUUUGUUUCCUGCAACAACUUAUAAAAUAAGGUAAAAGGUGUUCAAUAAAAGACUUGCCUCAUCCCUCGUCCUAACAUGGUUCCCUAAGAAUCACUGACUUCCAGGUGUAUAAGACCUUCCACAUUAUGAUAGUUUCUAGUGCACUGCACUCAUCUUUCCAGGAAUCCCUCCCUGGAUUCUUCAGCAUGCACAGAACUGCAAAGGAAACAUCUAAUUAAUGAAAGCGGUUUUGAAAUUCUAACUCUAGCUGUCUUGGGAUUCUAAUUAACUCAGCACUAAUUUCUCACCUCAGACUACAGUGCAUUUAAAAAAAAAAUUCUCAGCUGAAACAUUUCACAGAUGGAAGCUCAUGUUUCAGUUUUAGUGAUCUGAAUAAACAGUUUGUUAAUGCCUACUUCAAAUGAAAGCCUAAAAUAUUCUACAUUAAAUUUUAGGCUCCAUUGAUUAAUCCAGUGUUACUUUUAGAAGUACAUCCUUAAACGGUAUUUGAAUUUUAAGUUAUUUGAAGGACGUAUUUCUGUAGAGGAAAAAGAAACAUUUGAAAUACAAAUCAAAGAACAAAGAGUACUCCAAAAAUAGGUAAUUCUUUUAUUUUCAUGGAGUAUCUUGCUAAAAUUUGGUGUUGCAUUUCCUUCUAAAUUUGCAGCUGAAACACAUUUGCAGUAACAGAAAUGUCUUAUUUCUUAGUAGUCCUCAAAAAUAAUGGAUAUAAAGGGAUAGAGGGGAUGUCUUCCAAUAUCCGAAUGCAUUUUGUUAAGCAUUCCGAAAUACCCAGAGAAAGUAAGUUUAGACUUCAAUGAAAAGACACAAAACAAAGAAAUCUCCUGGCAUAUCUUUAUAAACCAUGAGGUCAGCGUUUUCAAAGAAAAUUAUUGAUUUAACUUGCAGGUAGAUAACUCUUAUUUCAGUCAUAAUCUGCCAGGGUGUAUGGAGAGGGGGCAGUUUGCACGAAAAAUAAUCAAUGUCCCACUUAGUUUUAAUAGACUUUGGCAUAUGCGUGUAUCAUCAGAGUUGAAACUUUGUUAAAAGACUCCUGUGACCAUAAUCAAGUUAUGAGAGCUCUCUUAAGAUUGGUAAAAGGGACACCGCAGCAGAGAAAUGAUGGCCCAGUUGAAAUCCAGUGUAAAAUGUAAAUGCAUGUAAAUGCACACUUAAUGCUACUUUUAUGUACUAUUUAGUGAUUUUCAAUGAUAUGUGUUUAAUAUUUUUGCUACCUACACAUUAGGCAAAAGAGAUGUAAAUAAUUAUGAAGAAGAAGGACAGUAGGGACUCCAUUUCAGUGUGUUCAACAUCACCCUAAAAUGCAAGGUUUCCCCACACAGGCAACAAGGUGGGUAUGUGCUAUUUAAGAGCAGGGGUGUGUACCCAUUCAAGAAGCAUGCUUUUUGCCAGGUGGUAAAUAUGUUCCAUAUCUGUAUUUAUCACUGCACUUCAGAUGGGAACUAGAAAACUGGAGAGAAAAAUGUAAUGAAACUGCUGCUGUAAAUUAUUUCUUUUAGCAUGUAUUCAGUUGCUAAAUACACAUUUCUUCAAAAUAUUUGAAUUCAGAUGUCUUUACUGUUCCCCGUAGCAUAUGGUGUCAAGGAACAUAAGUUUAAAAAAUGCUGAGAACCAGAGUCAGGUUGCUACAUAAUCAGCUAGCAGAUUUCUCCAUUCUCGUCAUCUGUAAACUGAGUUCUAUAUUUAUGGCGAUGAUGUGCAUUUUUAUGCCCUUUAAGUUAAAUAUUGUUAUUUUUAUGUCAUGCCUAAAUGAAGAAAUAUAGGGAUGAAAUUCUAUGAUGUGUCAUUAUCAUGCUCAGUUUGGUUUCAUUCAGGAUCAACAAGGAUGGCCAACAAUUGUUACUGAAAUUGCCUGUCCUUAAAGGUCAUAAGCAAGGAUUUCAUCAAUAUGAAGUGAUUAGUAUAACAUUUUAAAAGCUUUGUUUUUUGUGAGUUCAUUUUUAAAACACGAUUUGUAUUCAGACUUAAAUGGAAAUUAUCCAGUGUGAUGUCCUCAAAGACAAACUUAACAAACAGGACUCAACAUCAUCUUACUGUGUUAUAAUGUGUUAGAUAUAAAUUAGCCUAAUGCCAAAGGCAUCAUGCUUUUUAUUUUACCGUUGUAAUAAUUAUUCAAAUUCAUUGUUAAUGUUUGCAAAAUACAUGUUUCCAUAAAAAAGAAAACAUUGUUUUCCA